CCCACAGAGACCGAGCGCCUCCUGACCCCCGGCCCUGGGUAUGGGACCCAGGCGGGGGCCUCGCCGGCCCCUCUGACCCCUCCGGAGGAGGAAGACCUCCGCCGCCGGCUCAAGUACUUCUUCAUGAGUCCCUGUGAUAAAUUUCGGGCCAAGGGUCGCAAGCCCUUCAAGUUGAUGCUGCAAGUGGUGAAGAUCCUGGUAGUCACUGUGCAGCUCAUCCUGUUCGGGCUCAGCAACCAGCUGGCAGUGACCUUCCGGGAGGAGAACACGGUCGCCUUCCGACACCUCUUCCUGCUGGGCUACUCCGACGGGGCGGAUGACACCUUCGCAGCCUACACGCGGGAGCAGCUCUACCAGGCCAUCUUCUACGCCGUGGACCAGUACCUGCUGCUCCCUGAUGUGUCCCUGGGCCGGUAUGCCUACGUGAGGGGUGGGGGCGGCCCCGGGGCCAACAGCUCAGCCCUGGCUCUCUGCCAGCGGUACUACCACCGGGGCCACGUGGACCCGGCCAACGACACCUUUGACAUCGACCCGAUGGUCGUCACCGACUGCAUCUGGGUGGACCCCCCCGAGAGACCCCCACCACCCCCCAGCGAUGAUCUCAUUCUCUCUGACAGCAGCAGCAGUGCCAGUUACAAGAACCUCACGCUCAAAUUCCACAAGCUGAUCAACGUCACCAUCCACUUCCAGCUGAAGACCAUCAACCUGCAGAGCCUGAUCAACAAUGAGAUCCCAGACUGCUAUACCUUCACCGUCUUGAUCACGUUUGAUAAUAAGGCGCACAGUGGGCGUGUCCCCAUCAGCCUGGAGACCCAGGCCGACAUCCAGGAGUGUAAGCACCCCAGUGUCUUCAGACACGGAGACAACAGCUUCCGGCUCCUGUUUGACGUGGUCGUGAUCCUCAUCUGCGCCCUCUCCUUCCUGCUGUGUGCCCGCUCGCUGCUCCGAGGCUUCCUGCUGCAGAAUGAAUUUGUCGGGUUCAUGUGGCGGCGGCGGGGACGGGUCAUCAGCCUGUGGGAACGGCUGGAAUUUGUCAACGGCUGGUACAUCCUGCUGGUCACCAGUGAUGUGCUCACCAUCUCGGGCACCAUCAUGAAGAUCGGCAUCGAAGCCAAGAACCUGGCGAGCUACGACGUUUGCAGCAUCCUCCUGGGCACCUCGACGCUGCUCGUCUGGGUCGGGGUGAUCCGCUAUCUGACCUUCUUCCAUAAGUACAACAUCCUCAUCGCCACGCUGCGGGUGGCCCUGCCCAGCGUCAUGCGCUUCUGCUGCUGUGUGGCUGUCAUCUACCUGGGCUAUUGCUUCUGCGGCUGGAUCGUGUUGGGGCCUUACCACGUGAAGUUCCGCUCGCUGUCCAUGGUGUCGGAGUGCCUGUUCUCGCUCAUCAACGGGGACGACAUGUUCGUGACCUUCGCGGCCAUGCAGGCGCAGCAGGGCCGCAGCAGCCUCGUCUGGCUCUUCUCCCAGCUCUACCUCUACUCCUUCAUCAGCCUCUUCAUCUACAUGGUGCUGAGCCUCUUCAUCGCGCUCAUCACCGGCGCCUACGACACCAUCAAGCACCCAGGCGGUGCGGGCACAGAGGUGAGCGAGCUCCAGGCCUACAUCGCGCAGUGCCAGGACAGCCCCACCUCUGGCAAGUUCCGCCGAGGGAGCGGCUCAGCCUGCAGCCUCUUGUGCUGCUGUGGCAGGGAGGCCUCGGAGGAGCAUUCGCUGCUGGUGAAUUGACCCGGACCACAACUGCCACUGGACAUUAGCCCCUGGACUUCGGAGACCCAUGCUUAUUUAUUUUUAGGGUUUGCUUUUAAGGACCGGCUCCGUGCAAAGCCCUGUGAGGGCCUGGACCAGUCGGGUCGGACAUGAGGUGGGCGGGUGUUAAAUAAACGGGAAAAGAAACUUGUUGUUUUCA